GUAUACGAGAGUAGCUUCCUUCCGGUAGAUGCUUCAAGCACCUACCGUGAAGAGGAUGGCCUCUGGCAUACAAAGGUCUUCCCUUCCGACAACCCUUCGAGCCGAACAGACGCAGUGAUGCUGGACAACUGGAUCAGCAAAUCGCUGGAGGAAGUGGAAGACAACCUUACCGAAGCCCAGCGGAGUCGAGAUGACUUUGCAGACACGGUCCAGGAGCUGGUCCCCGUCCUCUCGGUGGCGCUGCACGAGAUUGUCCGGCAGGUGAUGCACCACUGUCCCGAACGAGGUGCGGCCUUGCAGAAGAUAUGGCGGACCUAUGUGGAGCUUUUCGAGCGGGUCUUGGAGCAGAUGCGACAGUCCCUGAAGGUUCACAAGGAACGCACUGGCGAGAUCCAGCAAGAGCUGAAGCAAGCAAACCAGGAAGUGAAGGAUCUCAAGCGGGAGCAUCCCGAGCAAAUGCACACCAUCAUCUCUGAGCUUGAGGCCAAGUUCAUGCAGCGUCAGCGCAACUACGAACAAGACCUGCAGGAGGCAGAGGAGGAGAACCUUGCGGCAAAGACGGCCAUCCGCACCCAGCACCGCGAGAUGGAGAACUGGUAUCCAGGCUUUGCUCACUACCAGGACUCCUUCGUCAAAAACCUGCUUCCUCAGAUGGAGAACGAUGGCGCCUCAGCGAAAAUGUUCAAGGAGUCGGCUACGACGGAAGAUGCAGUUCCUGAGGUGGCGAUGGCGGAGGACUUCAAGAGGCUGCUGGCUGCGCUGCCACCCGAGAAGCGCAAGAUCAUAGGGAAGGAUCUGAUGGGUUUGAUCGACGGCGACGAAGUACAGCGGAUGCAAGACGAUGUCCCACAAAGCUUGGAGGACCAGCAGCAGGAGAUCGAGGAGAUCGAACGUUUGCAAGGUGAGCUACAGAAGCAGGAGGAGCACAUCAAAAAGCUGAAGCUGGAAAUUGCCCAGAUCGAGACGGCCAAUCUUCCCAAUGAUCUGGAACCCCCAGCGGAGGAUGAGGAGCAGUCGCCCUAUGUGCCAGGUGUGAUGCUCGUUGGU